AAAGUUCCGCAGUGACUCCUUCGCUGAUCCGCUUCAGCACCGACUCACCGAGCGCAGAGUCACACCGAGCCGCUCACCGGGAGGAUUUACCGAAACUUUCCGCCGCUUUCUGCCCCUGAACGUGUUUGUUUCCGUCACCAUGAAGGAGAGGAGACUCCCGCAGCCUUUCGUAGCGAGGUGUAAGCUGGUGCUGGUCGGGGACGUCCAAUGCGGUAAAACAGCGAUGCUCCAGGUCCUGGUGAAGGACUGCUACCCAGAGACUUAUGUCCCUACUGUGUUUGAGAACUACACAGCCUGUCUGGAGCUUGAAGACCAGCGUGUGGAGCUCAGCCUCUGGGACACAUCAGGUUCUCCGUACUACGACAACGUCAGGCCGCUCUGCUACAGCGACUCGGAUGCGGUGCUCUUAUGCUUCGACAUCAGCCGACCAGACACAGUAGACGGAGCUCUGAAAAAGUGGAAAGCAGAGAUCCAGGACUUCUGCCCCAGCACUCGAAUUCUACUAAUAGGCUGCAAGACAGACCUGCGCACAGACGUAUGCACACGCAUGGAGCUGUCCAAUCAGAAACAGGCUCCCAUCUCCCAUGAGCAGGGUUCGUCCUUGGCCAAGCAGCUCGGAGCGGAGGCCUACCUGGAGUGUUCAGCCUUCACGUCAGAGAAGAGCAUCCACAGCAUUUUCCGUACUGCGGCUCUGGCCUGCAUGAACAAACUCCAGCCUGCCAGCAAACCCAGCCCGGUGCGCCGCCUCUCCAAGAGACUCCUACACCUGCCCAGCAAGACGGAGCUGCUCUCCUCCACUUUCAGCAAGGACAAGUCCAAGAGCUGCUCCAUCAUGUGAAUGCUGCUGAGACCACGCUGCAGAAAAAAAAGAGAAAGAAAGGACAAGCGAACUAUACUGUAGCUGGUUCAGCGGGAACGUGGGGUGUGCAACGGAGAGAGAGCCCUGAUGUGGAUUUCUGCAAAGCCUCUCUCUCCUUUGCAGCAUCCUCCCCAGAUUCCAAAAAGAUCAGUACACUCUCUAUAUUCAGCUCUGACGCUCAAGUUUUCAUUAUGACUUGUCACCAGCGCACAAUUUCUGCAGAGAGAAAUUGUUUGAUGUUCAGUUAAACCAUUUUUUACAAGCAGAGCGUAACAGGCACUUUAAGGUGCAGACCCACGUAAAGGUUGCAGUGAGUCAGCUCGAAUAAGGUCGGUACCUUCGCUUUACCGUGGAGGAAGUGGUUGUAAACACUGCAUUUGACUGCAUUAAACUGAUGAGACCCGUUUGAAAUUCCGAUAGCAGUGCCCUUUCCCAUCCAUCUCUUUAUCUGAAUGUCUGCUUCAGGUCACGCUAUGGGCUGAGUGACGAGAUGAAAUGUAAAAUCUGACAGUGACAGGAACUGGUAUCUACAGAAAUGCGGCUCGCGGAAUUUAAAACAGCGUUCCUUGAAGGAAAUUAUUCCCUGGCUGACCCCUUACGGUAUUUCGUUUGGAAAUUAAAGCUGACAGUGGAGAAAAGGUGGCGAGAAGGGAGGGAUUUGGCAAGCAGUGUUCAUUUGCAAAGUCAGUGGGAGGACACACCGCGAGCACAUCUCAAGGAGCGCAAUGUGACUCAGCACUCACAUGAGCUACAAAACGGGGGACUUGCUGUUAAUAACAAACACACACACACAAAACUGGGCCAUCUAAACACUCUCUGAACAUGUCUUUCUAAGAUUCCCUCCCAUUAGCCAUCACCACAGCAGCUUUAUUUUCUCAGUGUUACUAACAAUAAGCCUUGAUUUCAGUGGUGUUACACUGAUGAAUCAUCUCUGUAGCCUGCUGAAUGGAACAGUUUUUUAUGCAUGUCUCUGUGAAAAUGAAGUCAUUCUUUCUGUUUAGAGAUAUGACAAAGAUUUCUUUUCUGGAUUAAAUAAUGUUAAUGUACCACAGAGACUUUUAACAUCUUGGGACCAUAAAUUAGUGCUUCACAAGCUCCGAGUUCUCAGCUAGGACACUUUUAAAAGAACAAUCCAAAUUGAUUCAGCAGAACCAGAAAUGUUUUUUUUUUCUACACUUGCUCAUCCUUGGCUCCUACAUUACCCACAGUGCAUCUCAAGUGACACCAAUUUGAUCAAAGAUUCAAAUUAUGUUACGCUCAAGCCCUGGGCUCUGUGCCGACUUUGAUUUUGCAGCCAAACCACGUUACUCCAACUUCAUCACGUAAUGCACACUGGAACAUGACACAUUUUUACCACACAGUCAUUGUUUAAGGAGUGGCUAUAGAGCUGAAUACAUUCUUCUGAGCAUUAUAAACUCCACAAAAAAGCUGUUUGAUUAUUUUUUUUAGGCUAAUGCUCUUUGUCUGUGGGCCUAAAAUGUUGAAUGUCUGCAGAACAUCCGGCUAAUUCAUGGAGGACACUUGGAAAACUUUAUCCAAAUGCACCACUGAGCAGCUUUCAUUUUAAUGAAUGAGGAGCCAUCUCAUCAGUUAUCCACUUCUUUUUAAUGCAUCCAGCUAAUGUAGCCUUGCAGCUAUUGAUGUAUUCAGGACACCGGAUAGCAGAAAAUGAUGAAUGCUCACUUGAAUGAAAAUUGCUCACCUGGUGCACGAGCCACAGUGAGUUUUGUAGCUUCCAGGUUUGCCUCCAUGUUUUGCAGCUCAUUGCAUGUGUUAUUACCUUUUCCUGCUCAGCCUGCAGACUUUACAUUGGAGCAAAUGAGACCUUUUUUAGAGGCUGCAGAUGUUGUACGAAAAUGAAACGCUUGAGGAUUAAAAAAUCAUUGUCAAAAGAUUAAAAUCUGACCUUGUUUGUAGGUGGAGGUGUCCUGUCAACAGUUUUACAGACGUCUCAUUUGUAAUUUUUGUCUAUGGGGAUAGUUUUUUUUAGCUAAAUUGUAAGUGACCACUGCAAAAGCUUUCAUCUGCUCUCUCUUUAGUGCAUUCAUGCCCACUGACCUUAAAGAUGAGCAGCACACUACAGAGGUGUGUUGAGCUCAUCACUACUUCUGAACUCCACACAGACCCCACGCUGACUCAAGUGACCUCAUUUCAGGCACUUUCUUAGAGUUCCUGCAGCUUCAUCCAACUUUUCCCACCUAAACAGUAAUAUACCCCAAGUCUUUUAACUGACCUCGAUGUGCAAAAAUGGUGGAGUUCACCUUCAAGCUAAAAUACGCGUUAACAGUGAUCAAACAAUAAGACUAAAUGUCCCUGAAAGGAUACAGUGGAGGGAAAGGUUGAGGUGAACCACACAAACAGGCUGGUCCUGUCUUUUCCCUUCCUCUUUUUAUGCAUCAGAUCUGUUUUAUUUCAUUUUGCAACUACCCUAAAAAAGUAUUCUCAUUUUUCACUUUUAAAACAGAAUUUCCUCCUGCUGGAUGUUUCUUUCUACUUGCUUGUGGCCGUCACUGGUGUUUUUGUAGCUGUUGAUGUUGGUCUCGUAUUCACUGGAGUCUUCUGGCGUUAGCAGCUGUUGACAGCUCGGCUAAUGGAGGACUUGAUGAUUUGUAGGUCUGCACCGAGAAGCCCGGCGAUGUGCAGAACACUGGAAUUUAACGCGUUGCCUAGCAACAGUGUGAGCAGGGGCAGUUCCUGCCUCUCCGAGAGAGGGAGGGAUGGGUCUCGGAGAGGGCGCCUCACCUUUUAUUUGUAGCAUUAAACAGAAGCCACAGCGAAGGUGAUGAUUGGACAUAUGAGGCAACAGCGGACUGUUGGAGAUGUCUGCGUUGGCUGGAAGAACCCCAUGCUAGCAGCAUCCCACGAGUGGGUUGUUGGAAGCAACAUGACAUCUGAAGUGUGGCUCUGUAGCUCUGCUGCAGUCAUCCUUCACUUCUCCGUCCUGUCUGGAGCAUCCUGCCGUAAAUAAGUUGGCCGAUAUACAACCAUCAUGGCACAGUUUCCCUCCUGUCUUGUUUUUUUUGCAAACAGACUUGUUUUGUUGUACAUAUCCUUCCUCUUAAAACUGUUUAUUAGAAAUCCCUGAAAAGAAUGUUACUGGAGCAAAAAAAAAAUGCUUGUGUGAAGUUGCCUACCAUGGCUUAAAUUAUUAACUGAAUUCUGUAUUUGUUAUUGUCAUAUGCUACUUUCUUUUAUUCUUUUAUUUAAAUAAAUAUGUCUGAAGUUAA